GUCAUUCAUUCGUUUUCGUACAAAAAGUCUUGAUUUGAGUUGCCUUUGUCGUUGUAUGUUGCUAGUUUUUUCGAAAUCGGUAUGGUAUUUCGCUAGAGUUCUCAGAUUUAUUCAGUCUUCACUUAUGUAGCAGUGAAAGGGCGACUUCUAUCCUUUGAAUGCGGUUUUUAAGGUGAUGCUAAGAUGAGUAAAAUGUCGAAAAAUAAAUUGAACCUCACCCUUCCACCAGGGUCUAUAGAUACUGCCCCGGCGAUUACGCCGUCGAAUAUGACACCCCAGCUGAAAUCUGCAACAGCAACAGAGCGUCAAGGUCUGGCUGGCAAGUCUAAGACGAGUAUCGAGGCUCUAACAGAGAGGCUUGAGCAGAUUGAGAUGGAUGAUACUCAACGCCGAAGAAUUGAAGUAUUCUUGUGCCAGAAAGAGAAAAUUGGAGAGCUCAGUGAUGAUGACUUUGAAAAACUUGGAGAACUAGGCCAAGGUAACGGUGGUGUUGUAAUGAAGGUGCGUCACAAGUCUACAGGUCUUAUUAUGGCAAGGAAAUUGAUACACCUGGAAGUCAAGCCAGCCAUAAAAAAACAAAUUAUCAGAGAGCUCAAAGUUCUUCAUGAAUGCAAUUUUGCUCAUAUUGUUGGCUUUUAUGGAGCCUUUUAUAGUGAUGGUGAAAUAUCUAUUUGUAUGGAAUAUAUGGAUGGUGGAUCCCUUGACCUAAUCUUGAAAAAGGCAGGGAGAAUACCAGAAUCAAUUUUAGGCACAAUAACCUCAGCAGUAUUGAAAGGUCUAAGCUACCUCCGUGACAAGCAUGCUAUAAUGCAUCGUGAUGUGAAACCAUCCAACAUUCUAGUGAAUAGUAAUGGUGAAAUAAAGAUCUGUGACUUUGGAGUCUCAGGGCAACUAAUUGACUCUAUGGCAAACUCUUUUGUGGGAACUAGGAGUUAUAUGUCACCAGAACGUCUACAAGGUACGCACUACUCAGUGCAGUCUGACAUCUGGUCGUUAGGCCUAUCACUUGUCGAGAUGGCCAUCGGUAUGUAUCCGAUUCCGCCUCCUGAUGCGAAAACCCUUGCUGCUAUAUUCGGAGGACAGAAUGAAGACCAUUCACCUGGCCAGGCUCCUAAUUCACCUCGUCCGAUGGCUAUAUUCGAGCUACUAGACUACAUAGUAAACGAACCGCCGCCGAAAUUACCUUCGGGAAUAUUCUCAGACGAGUUCAAGGACUUCGUCGAUCGCUGCCUGAAAAAGAAUCCAGAUGAGAGGGCCGAUUUGAAGACGUUAAUGAACCACGAAUGGAUACGCAAAGCGGAUGCCGAGAAGGUGGAUAUAGCGGGCUGGGUUUGCAAAACUAUGGACCUGAUGCCCACCACGCCGAAUUCUAACGUGUCUCCUUUUUCUUCAUAAGCUGCAAGAAGUGCAUACUUUCAUCAGCGAAAAAGGGUCAAAACAUUUCCCAAGAAAGAGCGGGUGAAACGAUCAGUGAGGACACUGGCGCUGAGGAGUAGCGCUGGCUCUGCGCGAUGGCAGUUCACAGUAUGUCAACUCUAGAUACCAUUAUUAUCCAAAUAGGCAGGCGGACUGAACGAAUCGUAAUCUCAUCGUUACAUUAUCGAUGGGGCGUGGUAUAUUAGCAUAUGCAAUUUUUUGACAUGGCAAUGUCUUAAUAAAUUUUAUGUUUUCCAAGAGAAACUUAACUGUACUUUGAUUUUUUUGGAUUAAACUGACAGCUCGAUUCAACUUUUUUUAAUGUUGCAACCCAUCGUUUUUUGUUAGUAUUGUGCUACUGCUAUACUGCUACAUGCUUCAUUAAUCUGUUAUGUGAUAUGACUAGUUAAGUUUUCAUCAGACUUCUGAAAGUGAUAUUUAAUGUCUUUGUGUUAUAGGUUGUUUUAUUUAUCUUUCUAAUGAAACUUGGAGUACCGCCGAUACUAGUGUUUUAUUAGAAAAAUAUACUUUAAAAUGUUUCAAACACAUAAACUUCAUUUCUAGUUUCUCCAGUCAUGAAAAAGUUCAAAUGUUUCAUAUUAAUUGCUAUAAUUUUCUAACUAUAACGUAAACUAGAAAGUAAUGUAUGAAAUGUAAACUAAUCAUAAUUCGUAGAUCACUACCCGUCACUGAGACCACAAUACUAUAUUUUAUUUGAGAUAAAGUGGCAACCCACUAAAUGUCAGUUUAGUCCAUCUAAUUAAAAAUCGGAGCAUAUAUGAUGUCACCAAAAAAUUGCACUUAUAAGUCUUAUUUCAUCUUUUAAAACUAGAAAUUGCACUUAUACAUCUUAUUUUAUCUUUGAAAACUAACGAAGAGUUCUAAACAUAUUCUUUAAAAAAUAUGUAGUAUAAUUUAUUAUCGCACAUGUAUAAUGAUAUAUUAAGACAUUUUCGUAUCGAGACUGAAACCAGUUUCGUGGUUACCACGUCCCAUAUAAGUCGAUCGACACAUCACAUUUGUAUAAAGCGAAUCGGUAAUUCUUCGGGAUAUACCUGUCAUCGAACAAUGAAAAUCUCGAACGAUU